AUGCCUCCUCUCGGUAGCGCCGGCAAAGGCAAAGGCAAGACUCGUGAUACGCGACGUUCACGAAGUCGCAACACGACUCCCAGCUCCGUUCUCAGCGCGGGAACGGUCUCCGCCGGUCCCACGACGACACCCCUUCUGGAAUUGGAAACCAGCAAACUCCUCGUCUCUCCGAAACCCAACUAUACCGAGAUCAUAGAUUAUCUUGACACCCAUGGCACCAAAUUGGAGCCCAAGUCUCUGCAUGAUAUUAUUGACCAGUUGAAGCAUCUGAGCGAGUCGGCGGAGAAACGUGCCGAGUCAUGCGAGAAGGCCAUCCGGUUGAUUCAUGAACAGAAGAAAGAGUUGGAGUCGGACCAACAGCAUCGCGAACAAGAGGCCGAACAGGCGCGCCGGGCGAAGGCUCGAAAGGACGAGGCGCAAUCGCAAAAGAAUCUCAAGGCGAAGAAGCGGAAGGAGAGACCUGAAACUUUCGACAGCGUUGAAAUCAAGAGAGAAGAUGAGCCUACUAAGGUCAAAGUCAGCCGCGCAACGGGUACACCGGGACCAGUCGAUAGUCCAUCGCCAUCAAAGAAGACCAAACUCAGCCCUGGCACGUCGUCUUUGUCAGAAGUCGCCGACUCUCCAGAGGCUGCGGCUGCCAGCGCUCACGCCUCGCCCACGAAAUCGGACGUUUCCAUGUCGGAUACCGAGGACAACCGAAUCAUCCACGGUCCACCACCAGUACCUCAACAAGGUUUCUUCCCGGACCCAAUGGCGCCUGAUCCAGUGAUCUACCACAUACGGGAGGUGACUCCAGACAUGCCGGACGAAGAGAAGAAGGAAAUUUACGGGGUCACGUCAUUUCCCACCAAAGAUCUCAGCGAUGAAAUUGCAGGAACACCACCGGAUAAAGACUUCAGCAAUGCGAAACCUACCAAUCAAGUCGCUGCGAGCACUUUCCUGACCUAUGUCGAGCCUUAUGUGCGACCACUCACUGAAGAGGACAUGGCGUGGUUACGAGAGAGGGGCGACCGAGUCACGCCUUUCCUGGCAAUUCCCCGUGGCAAACGUUCCUAUCAAGAGAUCUGGGCCGAAGAAGACGGAAUGGUUCUGGUGGACAAUAACAAUGAAAAGCUGCCGCUCAACCAGCCCCGAGGCAAUUUUGAUUCGAUCAACGAUGACAACGUCUCGACCGAUCAAGUCUCGACGGGGCCAUUGGCGAGCCGGCUUUUAUCUCUCCUCAGAUUCGAGCAUCGGUCACCCCCGAGUGAGACUACCAACGGGAUGAAUGAUCUGAACUUCAUGGCUACGGACAGUAACGACACCAUGGACCUUGAUGGCUUGACUAAUGGCCAAGACAACUCGGAGAAGCCUCUUGCCCCGGCUGCGGCGGUCGCGGAGCAAGCAGGUCCCAAGGUGUCGAGUUCUCAACGUCUUGAUUACGUGCAGAGCGAAGAACGGAUCAAAGGCGAGCUUCGUCACCUCGGCUUGCUUGGCCAGGACGAGACUCCGGAUUACGACGCUCACCACGACGACGACAUCAGCGAAAGACUGCGGCUGCUGCAGGCCGAAUUACGGCGCGUACUCAUUGUGAAUGGUGCUCGGAAGUCUCGCCUCCUCGACCUUGCCAAGGAGCGGCUGGCUUACCAAGAGUACAGCACCAUUCACGAGGAUCUGGACAGUCAAGUGCAACAGGCGUACCUGAAACGAACCAGGACGAUGGGCAAGACCAAGAAGGGAGGCCCGGGAGCCAACAAACCACGUCCCGGCGGUCACGGUGCUGGUGGACCAGGCAUGGCCGUGAGCGUCAACCGGGCGAGAGAUAUAGGAGACAAUGCUCGCAUGUUGAUGGAUCGCAGAAAACGCUGGGAGAGCUGCAUCGGGCCGGUCUUCAAGGAUAUGAAGCAUGGCAUUCCGGACAAGAACACGACCAUCUGGGACCCCAAAGCCAUGGAGGGCUACGAGAAGGCCGAGAUGGAGGCACUCGAGGAAGAAGCCGAGGCGGGCGAGUAA